AUGUUAGCCGUCGGUUUCGCAGACGACGUGCGCCACUUCACCGCCGUGGCCGUCUGGCUGCGCGACAAAUUCGGCCAUCGCAUCAGGGUUGCCACGCACCCGGACUACCAGGCGCAGGUUGAGGGUUGCAGGCUCGAGUACUUCAGUCUGGGCGGCCGAUGUAAACAACACGGAGGACAAUAUGGAGGCGGAUGCGGUGACUAUGAUGCGUUUGGGGCCCAGGAAUGGAUCAAAUCCCGCGGGCCGGCUGAGAGGGAAAGGUGGAAGGAGUCGGUAUAUGCGAUGCUGGAGGAUUCAUGGAGGGCGUGCGUUGCGCCGUUUACCAGUGAUGGGAAACCGUUCAUCGCGGAUGCGAUUGUGGCUUGCCACAAGGAGUUUGCGCAUCUCCAUUGCGCGGAGAAGUUGGGUGUUCCUGUUCAUGUUCUUUCUCGCCAAAACCUCUGGGUCGGUCUCUCCGGUGUUUUCACCAGACCCAUCACAGGCGCUCGGGAGGACGGGACAGUCGGGUUCCUCAAAGGAUUCGGCCAAGGUCUCGGCGAGCUGGUACUGAAGCCAACGACAGGUGCCCUCGAAGCCCCUGGCUUCAUCUUUCUUGGUUUCUACCGAGAGCUGGAGAAGCUAGGCAAGGCGGAUAUCGAGGCUCAAAUUGUCAUGGGUCGCCUGGCGCAAGGAGAGGAGGAAUAUGUGAAACUGCGAAAGAGUGAGAGACAUCGGAUCGUGACGGCUUGGCGCGUGUGUGAAGCCAUGGCAAAAGGGGCGGCGAAAGAUGCUGCAAAGCGUUGA